CAUUCCCUAAUGUUUUGUGAAUGUGCGUCAGGCAUGGCUGUGAAACACACUGCACAAUGCAUGAUGAGAUACCUUGUAAUUGUCAUGGAAAGCCACAAGAAAAAAAGCAGCACAUCUUACUGUAUAAUUGCUUGAGGUUGGCAGCUAUUUUGAUUUUCAUAAAUAACACUUUUCUUCCUCCGUCAGGGCCUGUGGGGUUCCAGUCCAACAAUGUUCCUUUGGACAAGGGGAUGUUCACUUCCAUAGAGCCUGGUUAUUAUCAUGAUGGGGAAUUUGGAAUCCGUAUCGAAGAUGUUGCAUUUGUGGUACAAGCUCAGACCAAGUAUCCAGUGCACGAAGAGCCCUACCUGACGUUCAAGGUGGUGUCCCUGGUGCCUUAUGCGCGGAACCUCAUUGACCAGAGUCUUCUCUCCCAGGAUCAGAUCCAGUACAUCAACAAGUACUACGAGACCAUCCGCCAGGUCAUUGGGCCUGAGCUGCAGAGACGCCAGCUGGAAGAGGAAUACCGAUGGCUGGAGAAGAACACAGAGUCUUUGUCUCACGCCUCCUUGCUGGCAGCUUCUCUGGGCACUGUGGCAGUGACCGCACUGUCUUCUACCCUUCUUCCGGAAGUCUGAUCCGGGAGCACCCCACAACAUCCUUGCUCCCCUUCGUCCUGUCGUCCUACUCUCAUUGCGUGGUCCACCUCAACGCGUAUCUCACAGAUCUCCAUUUUAGGCCUAAACAUCCUUCUUCCCAUCUCCAUUAGCAGAACCAGCGUCUCCUGCGUCUGAUCCUAUCCAGGAACUGUAUAAAUCCAUUCUCUGUUUCUCUCCUGAACCGACCAACCCUUGGGACCCAAAGCGGAGCAGAUGCUGAAAGAAAGAAGGGGAGAUUAUAAUGUUAAGCUUCACGCUGUAAUACAGGUAGUUCUUGACUUACAACCAUUCAUUUAGUGACCGUUCAA